GGGGCUGGCAGUGGGGGGGCACAGAGGGACCCUCUUGUCUGUGUGCGGCGGAUCUUUGGUCAAACGUGAGCCGUCAUUGUUGCGUUCGAACCCCGGAACGCGCGGCGGUUUGUUUCCAGAAAGUUCUCCAGAGAGAGCGUCAGGCCAAGAAUAUACUCUCUGCAUAUUGUCCUCAAUUUGUGGAGCUUGUGAAGCGUGUGGUUGAAGGAGAAUACAUUUCAACAUGAGUUUGAAGGGGAAUUUUUCUUUGGUCCAUUCGAUUCAGCAAUACCUUAAACCCUUCCAUCUUUCCAAGGAGAAGCUCUUGGAUAUCUCCAGGCGAUUGCUGCGGGAGAUGAAGAAGGGACUAAGAAAGGAAACUCACAAUGACUCUACCCUACUAAUGCAGCCAACCUUCGUCAGGACGAGGCCAGAUGGCACUGAAAAGGGAGUCUUCCUAGGGCUCCAUCUGAUUGAAGUGAAUUUCAAUAUCUUAUGGAUAAAAUUGAAUGCCAAUGAAAAAGAACUCGUUUUGAAGAAGGAGACGUUUACAUUCCCAAAGGAACUCCUACAUGGCUCAGGAGAACAGUACUUUGACUACAUCGCUGAAUGUCUCGGCAAUUUCCUGGAGAAAUAUGAAAUGGAAAGUAAGAUCAUUCCACUGGGCUUCACUCUUCCCUUUCCCUUCAGACAGACGAGACUUGAUGAGGGAAUUCUGAUCAGCUGGGUCAAAGAUUUCAAAGUCAAUGGAGUUGAAGGCAAGGACGUUGUUCAACUCCUGCAAGACGCCAUUCAACGUAGAGGGGAUUACGAAAUUGGUCCAGUGGCUGUGCUCAAUGACACUGUCGGAGCUAUGAUGAGCUGUUGCUAUGAAGAUUCGAACUGUGAGAUUGCACUCAUUUUGGGGACAGGCACAAACGCUUGUUACAUGGAGGAGGUGCGUAAUAUCGAGCUCGUUGAAGGGGAUGAAGGACAGAUGUGCAUGAAUAUGGAGUGGGGGUCGUUCGGAUCAGAUGGCUCUCUGAAUGAUAUCCAGACAGAGUUUGACCUGGAGCUGGACAGAUUAUCCCUGUCACCUGGAGCUCAGAUAUUUGAGAAGAUGGUGAGUGGCCUGUACUUGGGUGAGCUUGUCCGCCUCAUUCUGGUGAAACUGUUGAAUGAGAAUGUUCUUUUCAAUCAAAAGGCAACACCACACCUGAUGACCAGAUGGAAUUUUGAAACUAAGUUUGUUUAUGAACUUGAAAGUGAAAGAACUGGAAUUGAUAAAGUAAGGCACAUCCUGAAGGAGUUUGUACAGGAUCCCAGCGAGGAGGACUGUUUGGCUGUGCAGCACAUCUGUCACAUAGUCUCCCUACGCUCUGUCACCUUGUACGCUGCCAGUCUCACAGCAAUCUUAACCAAGAUAAAAAAUAACAGAAAGCUGAGUCGCUUCAAGGUCGCAGUUGGUGUGGAUGGAAACAUCUACAAACAUAGUCUCAAGUUUCAAAUUACACUGAAUGCUGCCAUUAAAUUGCUGUCUCCAAAUGUUGAGGUCAAUUUUCUUCUCUCUGACGAUGGUGGUGGUAAAGGUGCAGCAAUGCUUAUAGCUGCGGACACCCGUUUCUCUGCCCAGCGUCUUGAGAUCAACAAGAUCCUCUAUCAAUUCAAACUAAGCCAAGAGCAGCUCAACGAUAUGAAGCAAAGGAUGAGGAAGGAGAUGGAAAUGGGUCUAAAGGCAAAGACCCAUGAUAUGAGCUCAAUUGCUAUGUUGCCAUCAUUCAUACGCACUUUACCUGAUGGCUCAGAGCAAGGCACCUUCCUGGCACUACAUCUGGAAGAUUUUGAUGUACGUAUUCUACAGAUGCAUAUUCCCAGUGACGAUGAGGAAGAAAUAGAAAUGGUGACUACGACCUACAGUAUUCCUCAGGAUAUGAUUCAAGCCACUGGAGUACAGCUCUUUGAUCAUGUUGUGGAUUGCAUCGAUGACUUUCUGCAAAAGAAUAAUAUUAAGGGAUCUCUGCCGGUGGGAUUCACGUUCUGUUUCCCCUGUAAACAGACCAAACUGGACGAGGGUUUUCUCAUAAAAUGGACCAAGGGAUUCAAGAUGACAGGCUGUGAAGGGAAGAAUGUGGUGGCUCUACUGCAAGAAGCCAUUGCCCGCAAAAAUCAUUAUUUUCGUCAAAUGCAUCAAAUUAAAAACGAGCCUGAUAAGUUACCCAGGACCAUUGAAGUGCGAAUUGUUGCUCUCAUAAAUGACACAGUUGGAACAAUGAUAACUUGUGCUUAUGAAAACCCAAAGUGUGAAGUUGGUGUCAUUAUGGGAACCAACACCAACGCAUGUUACAUGGAGGAGAUGAGGAACAUUGAGAUGGUGCCUGGUGACGAAGGACAAAUGUGCAUCAAUAUGGAGUGGGGAGCGUUUGGGGACAACGGUUGUCUGGAAGACUUUGUCACAUCAACUGACAAACAAUUGGAUAGAUAUUCUCAGAACCCAGGACAACAAACGUAUGAAAAGAUGAUCAGUGUUAUAUACCUGGGUGAAAUUAUCCGAAAUAUUCUCAUUGAAUUGACUGAAAAAGGAAUCCUCUUUCAUGGCAAGGUCUCUGAAAGGCUGAAUACAGAAUACAUAUUUACCGUAGAUGUCCUCUCACAGGUUGAAAGUGAUAACCUCGGGCUGUUUCAAGUCCGUUCGAUCCUUCAAGACCUGGAAUUGGAAAGUACAUGUGAUGACAGCAUCAUUGUGAAGGAGGUGUGUAAGACCAUCAUUAACAGAGCGGGCCAUCUCUGCGGAGUUGGAAUUGCUGCUAUAACGGAGAAAAUAAGAGAAAACCGAGGACUAGAGGAUCUGACAAUCACCGCUAGUGUGACUGGUAACACAUACAUGUUAAGUGCACGUUUUGCCAAGGUCGUGGAUGAUACAGUGAACAUGUUGGCCCCAAACUGUGAAGUUAGCCUCCAGUUUUCAGACGAUGGAUCAGGCAAGGGUGCGGCUUUUAUUGCAGCAGUGGUGUCACGUGAACAAGUGUUGACAUAGAGAAAACCUGUCAUGAAAAAACAAACUAGGAAUAUUGGCUGUCAGUCUUAGGGAAUGCCUAGAAACUCUCUGAGGAUCAUUGAAAGAAGAGGUAUCAUCUACCUCAUAUUGUUCCUUCCUGUGGACCAGGCAGCAAAAGUGUCCAGACCUAAAUGUACACUCAUUGUGUGUUACAUUCCUGGAAUUAUGCUGUCAGAUUUGGGCUCUUGUGACAUCUGCUCAUUGAACAUGUUCUCACUCAAUGAGAAUACAGUAUAUGGAAUUUGUGCUUGCUGAGUGUACACUCAUUAGACAAUGUUCCUGAAGCUCCCAGGUUCAGUCAGACCAUUUGUUCCCUGGAUAUGCGCUCCCGAAACUGAAUCACAAGAUUGCCCUGAUAUGUGGCAACACGCGUGGCCCAUAAAUACAUACAUUUUCUACAUGUUGUUUUGUGAAACAUGCUCCCUAGAUUUCUGCUCCAGAGAUGUAUAAAGCCACUGGAGAUACGUUUUCCAUAUAUAUGUUCUCUACACAUGUGCUCCCAAACAUGUACUCCCCUUUCAUGUGCUCCCUGAACAUGUGCUCCCAGACUUGAGCUCUGUGUUGAUGUGCUCCUCAGACAUGAGCUCCCAGAAAAUCCAAAUCUUGGAUAUUUGUUCCAACAACAUUCUUCUGGGAUGAGCAUACUCUACACAUUCCCUGGAUGCUUCAUGAACAAAUGCUCCGUAGGCAACUCCAGCUUUGCAUCACUCCUCUCUGUCUCCACAUUUGCUUAAUGUUUCUAGUCUUGUCUCUCUUCCCUUCCUCCUGCUCCAAACAACAUUCCAAAAACACACACACAUACACACACACAGAGUAGCUGUGCCAGAAACACACCCAUUGUGAAAGUGUGUCUGAGUGUGCUCACAAUAUUUAGAAACCUGUUUAAAGAUCAGAAGUUGUUUGACGAAACUUUUUGUUUGCUGUUAGUUGUGGUUCUGGGAUUGGUUGUAAGUUUCAAUUUGCUGUUGUGUUUGUGAAUUAAUAUUGGAAAAUAAAAGUAGUUCAAUUAC